UUCAACAACAAUGGAGGAAAUGCUGGGUGGUCCAUCCGUAAUGAUAGGGGCCAGGGGUCUCAAGCAGCUGGGCAACCAAGGAUCUUCGCCAUGAGGAGAGAAGAGGCUGAUGCUGCACCUGAAGUGGUGACGGGUCGUAGAGGAGGAUCUAGGGAGCAUCCAGUCGAGGAGCAUCCAGUGAGAGAGCAGGCUACCCGAGGAGGACCACGUGAGCACUUCUGAAGAUGUCUGACCACGGAUCGGAGUAAGCAACAUUUGUAAUCUUUAGUUAUUUGCUUUAUGAUUAUGAGUAAUGACUGGAGAUUUAAAA